AUGGCCGACGAAGCAACCAAGGCAAAGCUCCGCUCCUCCUUCGACAAGCUCACUCCUCAAGACUUCGCCGCCGUCGCCGGUAACAGAGAAGGUCUCAUCGAGAAGGUCGCCGAGAAGUACGGCAUCUCCAAGGACGAGGCCAAGAAGCAAGUCGACGAUGCCUUCUCCAACGCAGGAGUCAAAUCACCCAAUGCAGAGACACCGAUAGACCAAUUGAGGCGUUUAUAA